AUGGGCAAGACCAAGGAAUCCAAGGGCAGCAAGUCCUCCAAGGACUCUCUCUCCUCCGUCAAGAAGGGUGGUGUCACCAAGACAUCCGCCGCUCCUGUCGCUACCUCCAAGAAGAUUGCCAAGGCCGUCAAGAAGAACGUCAAGUCCGACUCGGACUCUUCUGACAGCUCCGACAGCGACAGUGACGAGGAGAUGACCAGCCCCAAGGACGCCGACUCCAGCGACUCUGACUCUGAAUCUUCCGAGGAGGAGAAGAAGCCCGCCAAGAAGUCCAAGGACGUCAAGGCCAAGACCAGCACCAAGGCCAAGAAGGUCGAGUCUUCCGACUCCUCCGACUCCUCUGACGCCGAGGACAGCGAAGCGAGCGCUGGUGUCGAUGCCAAGAAGGCGGCCGAGUCUUCUGACGAUUCCGACGAUUCCGACGAGGACUCCGACGACUCUGACAAGGAGGAGGAGAAGAAGCCUGAGGCUUCCAAGAAGCGCAAGGCUGAGGAGGAGGAGGCCACUGAGCCCGCCAAGAAGUCCAAGGUCGAUGACGACGCUCCCAUUACCCUCUUCGUCGGUAACCUGGGCUGGGGUAUCAAUGAUGACAGCCUCUACGAGGCUUUCAAGGACUGCGCUGGUCUUGCCAGUGCUCGUGUCAUCACCGAUAAGGACAUGCAGCGAUCUCGUGGCUUCGGCUACGUCGACUUCGACACCCCCGAGAACUGCAGCGCUGCCCUCCAGGCCAAGCAGGGCCUCGAGCUUGAGGGCCGUGAGAUGAGACUGGACCCCUCCACCAAGAAGCCUGCUGACGACGCCAACCCUCGCGACCGUGCCAGCAACCGCGCUCAGACCCACGGUGACACCGUCUCUCCCGAGAGCGACACUCUAUUCGUCGGCAACCUUCCAUGGGAUGCUGAUGAGAGCGUCGUUACCGAGUUCUUCUCCGAUGUCGCUGAAGUCAAGAACCUUCGUCUGCCUACUGACCCUGAGUCUGGCAACCGCAAGGGCUUCGGUUACGUCACCUUCAACAGCAUCGAUGAUGCCAAGACUGCCUUCAACGGCAAGAACGGUGGCUACAUUGGUGAGGGUCGCGGUGCUCGCGCAGUCCGUCUUGACUACGCUGCUCAGCGUCAGCCCAACCAGGGUGGUGGUGGCUUCGGCGGUGGUCGCGGCGGUGGCCGUGGUGGCGGUCGCGGUGGCUUCGGUGACCGUGGUGGCCGUGGCGGUGGUCGCGGUGGCUUCGGUGGUCGGGGAGGUGGCCGUGGUGGCUUCGGUGACCGUGGUGGUCGUGGAGGUGGCCGUGGUGGCUUCGGCAGCCGUGGUGGAGCGGCCUUUGCUGGCAAGAGACAAACUUUUGACGACUAA